AUGGCAGCUAACGACGGCAUCGUCCACCUCGAACUCUGGUUCGGUAUCGGUCUCAAAGGCGAACAACUCCUCCACUACGCCGAACAGCAUGACCUCAACGACGCGAGGAUGCGAUGUGGUUCCAUCCGCCAAUGGAGGACGGAGAGGUAUAUACCGGACUAUGGUCGUCGAGCUUGCGGUUGA